UGGAAUUACACAAAAUGACCCCUUUCUACAAUCACAAUGGCAGCGAAACGGAGUUUUGCGGAAAGGUCCCUACCGUUUUUGCAAAUCAUCCCGCCGCCGCCGCCUCCGGUCGGUCGCCGGGAUGCAGCGCGGGCGGCGGCGGCGGCGGAGGCGGAGGCGGAGGUGAGGUUUUCGCCAUUGGCCGCCCCAGAAUUUCAAUAGAGCGCUGGAACAAGAGGAAAUCGGCGUAAAAAAAUAUCAGAGGAAAACAUAGAGAGGAAGGUGGUUUGACGGAGGUGUGCGUGGCCUGGGAUUCUCGUCGGAGGCCACCGGAUUCGAGGUUUGCUCCGGUCACUCGCCGCCGCGCGCCCCGAGCUCUGGUGAGCAUGGAGAUUCUGAUUUCUGCUGUGGCAACUGAUCUUAUCAGCCGGUUCAUCUCUUCGGUAACACAAAAUUACAGAAACCAUAUACAUAAGGAGGAUGAUCGUAGGAGGCUGGAACGCAUCUUGCUGAGGAUGCACUCUGUUGUUGAGGAAGCAGGGGGACGCCAUAUCACAAAUCAAGGAAUGAUCCUGCAGCUAAAGGGACUUGUUGAGGGAUUCUACCUCGGAUACUACAUGCUCGACAAAAUCAAGUUCCAACCCCCCGAAUAUGAGGUGAGUCAUGAGAUUCAGUCAUUUGCCUUGUCUGCCUGUAACUCUGCCAAGCGCUUUCGUUUUGCUGAUGCCAUAAGCAAACGCACACCAGUAGCCUUUGGUAGCAGGAGCAGAACAAACCUGAAAGAUGUUGUUGAUGGUUUAGAAACUAAGAUUGCAGAUAUGAGGGAAUUUGUCAUUCUCCUUGGUAGCCACCCUCGUCUACCACGCCAGCCUUACAGUACAUAUCUAUACAUAGAUAACUGUAUGUUCGGUCGCCGUAUUGAGAAGGAGCAAGUCAUCAAUUUCUUGCUUUGCAAUGAUCCUCAUGAUCCAUAUGUUAGCAUUCUUCCUAUUAUUGGCCCUCAAAGGAUUGGGAAAAAAACUCUUGUGCAACAUGCUUGCCUGGAUGAGAGGGUGCGCGAUUGCUUCUCCCAUAUAUUUUUCUUUAAAGAAGACGAUCUGAAGACCGGAGAGCUCUCGCUUAACUCCAAGGCUUCUCAAGGGAAAUAUUUAUUUGUUAUUGAGUUCAUUUGGGAUGUGGAUGAGGCAGCUUGGACAAAAUUCCAAUCAUAUUUGCAGAAUAUGCCCGCUACUGGAAUUAAGGUUGUAGUGAUAGGUAGAACAGAGGACAUUGCUAAGUUUGGUACUAGCCAACCCAUCAGGGUGAAGAGGCUAUCUGAAGAAGAGUACUGGUACUACUUCAAGGCACUUGCUUUUGGAAGUAUGGAUCCUGAUGAGCAUCCAAAACUAGCAUCUCUGGCCAUGCAGCUAUCUACUGAGAUGAAUGGAUCAUUUCUUGGUGCAACUAUGUUUGGUGAACUAUUAAGAGCUAAUCCUAACACUCAAUUCUGGAAGAGAAUCUUAUUAUUCUUAAGAGAGCUGGCACGAAAGCACUUGACUUCCUCUGGUCUACACCCUGAGGAUCUUUUCGAAAGAAAUAUCCCUGUUGAUUUGAGCAGGAUAGCCGUUGUGGAUGGUCAAGUUCAAGAUUUCAUGGUUUAUGAUGUUAGGGUGGCUGGCCCUGCAGAAGGUGAGCUACCAAAGCUGACGUCACGAGACAUACUACUGGGUGGUGAUAUUCCUGUUGAAGAUAAGUUUGAUGUGCUGGUCUGGAGAUCUCGCAUUCCACCCUACUGUAACUACAUAGUUACGUAUGAGAAACAAAAACCGCGACGCAUGGUUGGUAAGAGGAACACGAUCUACCUCUGAGAAUAGACAGACACAAAUCUUAAUCUGGGGGAAAAAUUUCUAGAAAGAAAUUACAUUGUCUACGCUUCGACAAUAUAGUUUAGAAGGCUGGGUAUGCCUUUCACAGAUUCUAGCUACUACUGAUUAUUUAGUCAGUUUAGGUGAAAGGAGUAUAUGUGAUGCUAUUGUAGGUUCGGAUGCCUUCUUUCUUAGAGAACUGCUAUUGUAUCUGUUUUUACUAGUUUGGGUAUGUAAAAUUCUGUUAGUUACUAUUGCUACCCUACUAGCGUCAUGUGUGUGACAGAAUAUAGUUCACAAAAGAAGCUAACUUUCUGUUCCUGAAUUCUGACCAUGAUGUCCUGUGUAUGACCAAUUUAAUGUACAACAAUAUCUGUAGUUUCAGUGCCUUCCAUCGGUUGGUUCCAUCAUAGUCACUGCUCCUUCCUUUGUAUAUUCCAACUACUUUAAUUAUAUGUUUGUUUACAGACA